GGAGAACCGGCAUCGAUGCCGCGGCAGUGCCGACUAUACUCACUGCCUCUAGUUGACGCGCACGAAUACCACCCAUCUGGCAGUGGAGGGUACAAGGCUUUGCACCAAAUCUCGUCUUCCCUCCACCCCCAUCGCGCGAGCAACGAGCGGCCGGACAAAGCCUGUCCAAUGUUUCUUCUCCGACCAUCUCCUCCCCCACCACCAUCAAGAAACGCAACCGACCUUACAUACCCUCUCCCUUUCCACUUUCCCACACUCGGCCCCCUUCGAUUGCCUGCUCCCCAAGGGGGCCGCGCCCUUAUCAAGAACUUCGCUUCCGCUCCUGACUUCACGUGGAGGCGCCCGUGCUCCAUUUUCCCUCCGAGCCCUGCCUCUUGGACGGCGGCCGACGGCGACCCCGGCGGUGGAUUCGACGAGGAGCUGCGGCGCCUCCUGGUCCUCCUCCCGGAGGAGAUGCGGCGGAGGGUGGAGAACCACCCGGAGCUCUGCCAUCUCGUCGAGAUCGUCAUGGAUUUGGGGCGGAGGCCCCUCGCCCGCUUCCCCUCCGGCGACUUCUUCCUUUCCGACCUCCCCAUCUCCGCUGAAGAUCUCCACCAUGCUACCUCCCAGGUGGGGGAUUUCGCUGCGGACAACCGUGCAGGGAUUAGUCGGACUUUGCAUCGGAUUAGUGCUAUUAGGAACCGGAAGGGCGCGAUCAUUGGUCUCACAUGCCGGGUGGGGCGUGCAGUAUCUGGAAGUGCCAAUUUGUUGCACGAUUUGGUGAAGGAUGGGGGCUCUCUCUUGCUCAUUGGUCCUCCGGGAGUUGGGAAGACCACAAUUAUAAGAGAAAUAGCUCGGAUGCUUGCAGAUGAUUACAAGAGACGAGUUAUGAUAGUUGACACCUCAAACGAAAUAGGUGGAGAUGGUGAUAUUCCUCAUGCUGGUAUUGGCAGUGCUCGUAGAUUGCAAGUACCUAAUUCCGACAUGCAGCACAAGGUAUUGAUUGAAGCAGUAGAAAAUCACAUGCCCCAAGUAAUUGUAAUCGAUGAAAUUGGGACCAAACUGGAAGCAAUGGCUGCUAGCACAAUUGCACAACGCGGCAUUCAGCUUGUUGCCACUGCUCAUGGAGUGACAAUAGAGAAUUUGAUAAUGAAUCCUUCACUAGAAAUGCUAGUUGGAGGAAUACAGAGUGUUACCUUAGGUGAUGAAGAGGCUAGCAGGAGAGGGGUCCAAAAGACUGUUCUGGAGCGAAAAGGACCUUCAACAUUUACUUGUGGUGCAGAGAUCAUUUCAAAGACUGAAUUACGAGUCCAUUGUAGAUUGGAGGCUACGGUGGAUGCUCUUCUUGCAGGCCGAUCUCCAAACUUUGAAGUUCGCAAGAUAGGCCCAAUGGGGUCCACAAAAGACAUGCUUCCUGAACAGAAGGAUUCUUCGAACAAUCUAGUAUCUUGCAUGGAAGAUGCAAUUAUCACUGAUGAUCAUUUGACAAGGGAUGAUAAAAAAAUUAGUGAUAAUGUAGUCAAUCUUGAGUUUGCAGGAAAAGGAGUAGAGAGAUCUCAUCAACUUCGACUGGAUUUUCACCUCUAUGUUUAUGGGAUCACAGAGACAAGCGUGUUGCAAGCAAUUAAGCAGCUGGAAAUGGGAGAAAUAAUUACUCUAACAGAUAACAUCAGUGAAGCAGAUGCAUUUCUUGCCUUACACUCCAAGCUCAAGAAAAAUCCUCAUAUUCAAGCAUUUGCUAAAUCUCACAACAAACCAAUCUUUGUGACAAAGACAAACUCUUUGGUGCAAAUAACGAAGGCUAUUCGUGCCCUUACAAAUCAACAUGCUGAUGGAUUCAGAGAUUUUGAAGCAGAAGAGAAAGUCAGUCUGUCAGAAAAGACUGAUGCUUUAGAGGAAGCAAGAUUGGCUAUUGAACAAGUGGUGGUUCCAAGAGGGAAGUCUAUACAGCUACUUCCGAGGCCAUCACACAUUAUAUCCAUUCAAAUAGAACUCAUUGAGAAAUACAAACUGAAGUGGGAAAUAGUAGGUAAGGAGCCAGGUGUUUCUCUGCAAAUCCUUCCCUUUCAGGUUGGCAUAGAAGAGAAGAAUCCUCAUCUGGUCGUUGAUGGUAGUAGCACAUUCGAGGAAUUUAGCAGUCCUGAUGGUUUAAAGAGUUCACAAAAUGGUGUGGCUAGAUUGCCGCUUCUGCCUGAAUAGUCAAAUAUUCUUAUUUGUAUCAUUAUUUUCAAAACCAGAAUAUCCAGGGCGCUUUUAUCGUUUAAUCUUCCAACUACUUGAUUUAGAUUUAAUUUUUUAUUAUAACAUGGACUGGUUAAAUUUUAUAUAUACAGUAAUGCUUGAUCUCAA